AUGGGUUCCGCAACCCUUCGAUUCGAGAGGAGCUCGGAUUUCGCCCUCCGUUCGUGUAUGAAGGCAUCCUCUGAGGUAGAAGAUGAUUGGAGGCUUGUGGUAGCGGCACCAUCGAGGGAUCGAUAUGAUUGGAAGCCCCAGUCGAAUCGGCAGGAUGCGCAGCAGGCCGAGCAGGCCAACGUCAAGAAAACUUCCCUUCCAAAAAGACUCAGUGAAACUGCGGUACCUGAAGCUCACUUUGCCAACAGCUUUGAGAGGCGAUUCUGCAUCAGUCUUAGUGUGGCCACUGAGUGCCACAUUUCGAGUUGUGUUCUGACCUACUGCAGUCAUGCAGACGCGCCCGCGGUUCUGCCAAAGACGUUGCGGCGGGGCGUGGGCAGCCUCUUUGUGAAAAGUAUAGGAAAGGCGAGCCUUCAGCUUGAGCAAGCGAAGCUCAAGCCCGGCUUUGGACUUCUGCGGUCGAGGAAAGGGCAGGGGCAAGCGAAGGCGUAA